UGUCUCUCCUGUCAGUCAAGGUUUAACUUCCGGGUGUGGAGUCGUUGUAAAACAGAUUGCAUAGAGCUGCAAAAGGACAAACCCUGUGAAAAAAAAGCUUUGUAAUACAUCUUCGGGGAAAUGAUGCUGUCAGAAGUCCUGCAGGUGCUCCGUGGAGCUGGUAAAGUGGGCUCUGCCCUGGUCGCCACUCAGGGAGAACAGCUCCGGUUCAUGGCCUGCAACUCCUCUCUGGGUGCAGGAGUCCAAGCUGCUCAGGAUGUUGUAGAAGGACUGGUGACCACAGUUUUUGGAGGCACCAGUCAGCAAUCUAUAAAGGAGGAUGUGUUUCCGGAUGCUGAGGGCUGGGAAGAUAUGGACCCUGAUGAAGCAGCAAAGUGGGCUGUGGGGUCUGAAUUCCCUCCCGAUGCCAUGGAGCAAAGCCAGACAGGAGGUGGACCUGCAGCCGGCAUGCAUACAGGGGGUUAUCCUAAUCCAGGGUCUGCAGCGGGAGGGCCAGGCUGGCAGGGGCAGAGUUCUCGCUUCCUGCACACUGCCGCCAGCCUGCAACGGUACUAUUAUCAGACGAGGUCUCUCCACAGCACUGUGGUGGCCAAACUCACACCAGAGGACAUCAAGAAGGCCAGGGAGGCCAAGCAGGCCCUGGUGAAACCGGUCAGACAAAAGCUGAGUGACCACGCCAGAGAGAGGAAGGUCCCUGCUACAAGAAUCAGCCGGCUCGUUAAUUUUGGGGGACUGGCUGUAGGACUGGGGGUUGGUGCCAUUGCAGAAGUGGCAAAGCAGUCACUGGGAGGCAAACAAAAAGGAGACAUGAAGGCCGUGCUUGAUUCACCCUUCCUGUCCGAGGCCAACGCUGAGAGAAUAGUCAAGACACUGUGUAAGGUUCGGGGAGCUGCUCUGAAGAUAGGCCAGAUGCUCAGUAUACAAGAUAACUCCUUCAUCAACCCUCAGCUGCAGAAGAUCUUUGAGAGGGUUCGGCAGAGUGCAGACUUCAUGCCCACGUGGCAAAUGAACAAAGUUCUGGAGGAGGAUCUUGGGCCUGGUUGGAGAGAGAAGCUCUCGUCGUUUGAGGACAAACCAUUUGCUGCCGCUUCAAUCGGCCAGGUGCAUCAUGCGGUUUUAAAAGAUGGAAGAGAGAUCGCUAUGAAAAUCCAGUACCCUGGGGUGGCAGAGAGCAUCCAAAGUGACAUCAACAACUUGAUGUCGGUGCUGAAAAUGAGCAUUGUCCUGCCUGAAGGUCUGUUUGCAGACAGCAGUUUGGAGGUCCUUCAGAGAGAGCUGGCGUGGGAGUGCGACUACAAGAGGGAGGCAGAAUGUGCCAAGAAGUUCAGGUCACUGCUGGAGGGCGACGAGUUUUUUCAAGUCCCAGAGGUGAUUGAUGAGCUAUCAGGGCGCAGGGUGCUCGCCAUGGAACUGGUGCAGGGAGUGCCGCUGGACCGCUGUGUGGACCUGGAUCAGGAAACCAGGAACCAGAUCUGCUUCAAUAUCCUCCAGUUGUGUCUGAGGGAGCUGUUUGAGUUCAGAUUCAUGCAGACGGAUCCCAACUGGGCCAACUUCUUCUACAAUUCAGACACAAACAAGGUCAUUCUCUUAGAUUUUGGAGCGUGCAGAGGAUACCCAGAGGCCUUCACAGACGACUACGUACAGGUGGUUCACGCAGCCUCUAUUGGUGAUCGGGACACCGUUCUGUCCAAAUCCAAGGACCUGAAGUUCCUCACAGGCUUCGAGACGAAGGCUUUCAAGGAUGCCCACGUGGAGGCUGUGAUGAUCCUGGGUGAGGCCUUUGCCUCCUCCGAGCCCUUCGACUUCGGCAUCCAGAGCACCACUCAGCGCAUCCAGAACCUUGUCCCCGUCAUGCUGCGCCACCGCCUCACGCCGCCCCCCGAAGAGACGUACUCCCUGCACCGCAAGAUGGCCGGCUCCUUCCUCAUCUGCUCCAAACUGAAGGCACGCAUCUCCUGCAUGGAGAUGUUCCUGGACGUGUACAACUCCUACAACCAGAGGAGGCAGGCCCAGCAGGCCCCGCAGGCCCCGCAGGCCCAGCAGGUGCUGCAGGCCAGUGCUUAGACUCUGAGUUGACACCGUCGCUUUGAAAGAACAUUUUCAGAGUUGACUUCGAGGACGGAAAUGAGACACCGGUUCGCUCUCUCCAUGUCGGUGUGCUACUGAUCGUGCAGGCGUGCUCUCGUGAGGAUCAGGCGUGUUUAUGACUUCCUCUGCUCAUCUGCUAUCUACACUUCACCAACCUCAUCUUGAAGCUGUAUGGGAGAUCACAAUAUUCUGUUCACCGUCUCCCUGAAAUGAGACGCUGGUGCUGUAUAGAGGAAAAAUUAUGGAACUGUAACAAAUAUAAUUGAAUUGCAGUGAAAAUGAAGCGAGUAACUUAUCUUUAAGCCCCAAAAAGGCUGUUAUUGAUUAAUCUAUACGUUCUAUUGUUCCUAUAGCUGCAAACGCACAAAUAUACAAUUUUUUCAGAAAGGCGGGAUGUAUAUUUCCUUUGUCUUGGCUAAUAUGAACUCAUUCCAGCUAUAACUCACUUUGACAGCGAGGUCCACCAGAUUUCCAGAAGCAUGAAUAUCCACCGUCUCUGGUGCACACAAUAAGCUCUGCACUGAAUAGAUGUUGCAGCCAAGUGCACUUCUUUGUUAGAAGUACCUGCAGCCGGAUGAGAUGGUGGAUAAAGCCUUCACCUGAAUGCGAUGGCCGCCAGACUCGAUGUUCAGAUAAUCAGAGGAAUUAGACCAUCUAAUGGAGCCCCGCUGAAAUAAAUGGCCUUGCAUUGUAAAGUGCACUUGAUGUAAAAUUCCAGUGCUCUCAUUUUAAACCUGUUGCCACCGGUUGAUUGCAGACAUUUGUACCAUCUGUUUCCUAUACUACAGUGUGUGGUGCAUGGCUUUUUCUUUUCUUUUUUCUUUUUUUUUUAUUAAUAAAGUCUGGGAGUUUUC